AUGCUGAUUGGAUUAGUGCGAGAUUCCGUGAUGCAGUGCUUCUGCCAUACGUGCCGAGCACCGGUGCUGCCGGCAGUCAAUCGACGAUCUGCUCCCACAAAAAAGCCAACCAAAACUCGGACCAAACAGCCAAAAUCGUCCAAAAAAGUGAAGUUCAUAACCACUGAAAUCCGUUGCCAGGAAAAAUCGAAGGGAGGUCUAUGCUAUGAGGUGAUCCUGGCUGAACCGGCCGUAAAUGUGGCACAACCGAAGCUAGCUCCUGUACCGGGCAAAAAUGUGUCCGCCGAGGAAAUUGAGGAAAAGUUGAAGGCAGCGGAAGAGCGCCGGCUGUCCUUGGAGGCAAAGAAGAUGGCCGACUGGUCGGCAAAGAUGGCUAAAAUUGAGGAGGCUUCCCGUAAGAAGGACGAACUAGACAAGGAGUUCAAAACGCACGCCAAGGAGGUGUUGCACACCAAAAUGGAGCAGUACGAGGAAAAGCGAGAACAACAACUAUCGGAAAUCAAGGAAAAGCUAAAGACGCACGCGUCCGACAUUGAGAAAACGCGACAGAGUCUGGAGCAGCAGAAGGUGGAGGAAUUGCAGAAGCAUCUUGAGGAUAAACUGAGAAAUGCUGCUACUCUUCGUGAUGAUAACAUCAAGAAAAUUUUGGAUCGACUAAAGGAGCACAACACAGAUAAGUUAAAUGAAGUUCGCGCAACCGUCGACCAGAUCGAAGCACUUAAGACCACCGAAAAGACGCGUAUCAUCGAAAAUAAGCUGUCCACUGCCGAGCAAAACCGUGAAAAGGAGCUCCAGAAGAAAUUGGAAAACAUUCGCAAGCACGAACGACGUGCCGAGCUAGUUCGUCAGAACAAGGCGGCCCUGGCGCAGAAGACAGACGUAACGGCGUCGUCAGGCUAAGCAUAAUUGGUAUUACUUCGGUUCAACGUGUAAGCAGCAAAGCAUGCAUAGAAAAUAAACAACAGCUUAAAAUGGACACGAUCACGAAGUUGAGGCAUAAGUAUCCAACUAUGAAGCGACCACUGAAGCAGGCCAUGCCGUGAUAUAACAAUGUCCGACCCUGAAUUUUGAUUUUUUAUAUUUGAACUAUACUUUUGUCUUGUUUGCAACGCUGCUUUAGUAGAUAAUGUUGAGCCAUUAAAUCAGAAAAAUAAAUUUACCAAAUCAAAAAAAUCAUAUGAAAAGAUCCCAACAGAAACCGCGAGAAGCAGUUGUAGGUAAACGCCAAUGAUCUAUUAAAAAAAGUAAGUGAACAACAAGCACACGGAAAUCUUGAACCAUGUAUGAAUGUAUCAUUGCAGAUCAACAUGAUCCAAAAAAAGCAUACUAACAUAAUGAAACGUAAAUUUAUUAUUGAACUACUAACACACGUGCAUUGCAGUCAGAUAGAUAGUUAGAUAUCGAACGUCAACUUGUAGCUGGAUGGUAAUCGGUGUAACUUCCUAAGCAUCAGUUGAACUGUAGAUCAUUUUUUUGUUUCCUUUUUUUAUAAUGAAAUCCCAUCCAUAUGUAACACGAGUGGCCCCGGGUAUCCUUAGUACAUUUACGACAAGUUGAAGGGCAAAAUGAAUUUACUUGUGUUUGACACACGGGCAAACAAACCGAUUGUGUUUAUCAAAUCAGCACAAAUGUUGAAGACGCUAGGCAUGAAGGUGUAAUAUGCUCCGCGCUUAGUAUGUGCUUCUCUAACGGCUCAAAUGAUGCGAAACAUGCUGAUUGCAUGCUGUUAAUGCACGAUCUUGAAUCUGGAAGCAAGAAUCAUGAAAGAAUGCACUGCCCUGAUUGAAUAAGAGAGAAAAACAAUCUUUAAGAUCUGCAGAAAUAUCCAAGGAUGUUCAGAAUACGUGAUGCAGCUAGGACGCAACUAACAGUAAAUGCACCGAAAUAAGAAUUCAUAAAAGAGAUACUAACAGGAAGUAGAAAUAGAGCAUGCAAAAGAAGCUAAAUAAACACACCACUAAAUGAAGCAAAUAUUUAUUCACUCCCACUUCCUUUUCUCACUACAUAAAGUCUACAGAUACAAAAACGUAUAUAUGCAUAUAUUAGAUAAACAUCUAUAGAGCAAUGGUUGCGACCGGGGGUCAGCUUUUCGGAACUAAGGAAACGAGAACGUGACAGUUGUGGAUCAUAAUCAGUAAGACGAAAGAAGCUAAGAGCUUAUUUUCUGCGCUCUGUUCAAAACGGUCCAAAUCUGUGUGAAUACAUGGUUAGACUUUGUGAAACGCGAACAUGAAUCAUGAACGAACAAACAUUUAAUCGAAACAUGUUAAGAACUCUCGUUCUUCCACACGACCAAAAGGAAGAAUUCGCAGCAAUGCGAAAUAAGGUAUGGAAUUGAAAGAUGUAGUUUGGUUGCACGAGCACAACUACACGAAUUUACGCGAAUCGAUAUUUGAACGAAAUUUUCCGAUGCCUGUUUGAUGCUACCCAAAAAAUCCUAAUUUCUCUUAUGUUCGCAGCUUGUAAAUGAUAAUCGUGAAAAGCGAAACAAUGGUUAGCUUCAGGAUGGAGAAAAUGUCCAAUGGCGAAGAUUUCAGUGUUGUGUUGGCUCUAAGCAAAAACCAGAGAAAUUACAAAAGAGAAGCGAAACUUGGUAAAGUGGACUCGAUGCUAAAUAUCUUACUGAAAGCAAGAGGAAAAACGCAACAAAACGCAAGCUAAACCACAGGCGGAUACGCUACAAGAGCUAGCAUGGAUGUAGAAAGGAUAUCGCAAAUGAAUUAAAGUAACAGCCAGCAAAAAACGCAUUAUACAUAUAUCGCCUCUGUGCCGCUAUUUAUACAUUUAUUCUAACAAAAAGAAGGCAAGCCAAGAAGGGAGAGACGUGUCUGAAAAUGCAUAAGAAACUAACCAACAAGAACAGCACGGCUAAUGGCGUUCGCUUGCUCCCUCUUGCGACUUGGCAUGAGUUUGAAAAAGUAAUUAUACGCGCAGCAUUAAUGAAUGGAAAGUGCUAGUUUAUUAUACAAAAUAUUAGUACACCCGUAUAUACAUAUUAAAGCAUAUAUUUACAAGUUUCUUUACGCUUUUGUGAGAGCAAACAGAUGGAAGGACAAGAUACGAACUUGCGGUGGGCAGGGAUUAGGUAAGAAUGAACAGAAAGUUGAGCUAUCGUGUCACGCUGAUAAAAAAAGUGCUUUGCUAAAGAAAAUAACGUCGGAGGAAAUCGUUCUAUCGCUUGUUCUUCCAUUCGUAAAUGGGAGGAAACGGAGCGAAGGAAAUGUUUUCCGGAGUGCAAAAAAAAAAGGCUGCUGCUUUUUGGUAAGCGUUUCUUUUUUGUUUCAUAUUUUCUCUCUAGCGUUUUCGGCCGCUCCUGUUGUUCUCGUCCAUUUGGUAGAGUGAUCAUUUCUUGGCGCACACGUGCGCGCAAAACCACAUCUAUCACUCCCGUGUGGGACGUCGCUUAGCCAAGAGAGGGAAGGGAGGAACAAUUUAUGGAAAAUCGCCUUUUGUGUAGUAACUAACAAGUGCAUAAGUGUAGAAAGUGUGUGAUAUGAGCGCAGCGUGCAAUGUGAUGUCUGAUUCCAAAAUCUGUGCUUCGCAUCGUCAUAAAAAAAGGAGAAUGGAGAAUGAGACGAUAUUUCAGUAAAGUAAAUAACACCGAUCGAACAGGAUCAAUCUGAUACUCUAAACAAGCAAACGCUACUAGGGAGGUGCUUUAAUUUAAUUUUCUUUGCCAACAUUACGUUUGAAUGUUUUUGAAUUAAAUAAAAAACAAACACGUUAACGCAUUCAGUUUUUCAUACAAAAUUCAGUUUAUUUGUGAAAAACAAUUCAGCUUUUUGUUGUUGCUUCGCAAUUCCAUUUGUUUUUCUUAACUGUACGGUUUCUAGAUGUGACUGGCUAGUGUUGGUUUCGGUUAGAUCGCUGGAAAUAAAACACGCCGUAACACGCUACGAUCGAGAAUGAUUGAUUUUUAUAUGCCCAAAAAAUGUCGCAUUUGAACUUGAUUCAACUUUUCUGCACAUUGAAGAAAAAGAUCGCGUGUAAAAAUCAAAAUAUGCGAUAAAUGUGACGAAUUUUUUGUACAUCCCUUUCAGAGGAGCGAAGAUCAUUAGAGAGAUGCAUUUGAGAUUACGUUCGAAUCAUCUCUUCGCGAAUGUUGAUUGUUCGACACAUUCUUGACUAGUGAAUCCUGCAAAAAUCCCAUAAUGGUGACAGAAGCAAACCGUUGAAAAGAAAGCUCAAACACACGCUGUAAGCGCUAUCAUAGCACAAAGUACAUGGCAGCAUGCAACUAAGCAAGCAGAUAGCAGCGUAUGAAAGAGGGAUAGCUAGUACUACAGCAUAAUAUGCAAACGCAGAAAGUCCCGAAGUUAAGCGGAACAGAAUGCACUGCGAUUGGGCUUUCUUUUUCAAGCGAAUGCCCAGCAUAACAAACGCACACACAGAUACACAACAGGACCCAAGUAGAACCGAUCGCAGCAAUGUGCUAUGCAAAAUUGCGCCAUCGCCAACAGAAUUAUCCUUACGUACGAGAGAGAACAAAAAGCCAACAGGAGAAAGCAAGUGGAAGCGAUAAACGCACCACUGCGGAACGAUCAAGAAACGAAAAAUAAUGAGCUGAUGUGGGGAAACCCCUAUGGCAAGACAAAAUAAAGCAAAUCAAAUCCAACCAAAGGCCGAUCUGGUCGUGAUGGUGGACGAUAAACAAAGCAGGAUAGGUGCAACAAAAACGCAUAUAUAAAAACCAAACUUGAUUUCCGAAUAAAGACAAUGGAGCAGAAAAACCAAUACAAAA